AGAGCUCAGGUUUCGGUGCUCUGUUAGAAACUGGAGCUGGGAGUUUCUGUAGGUACACAGCAGUAUAUGGAGGAGUUUAUAAGGAGUGUGUCUACUAUAUUAUAUUACUUAUUUUUAUUUUAUAUAAUUUAGGGGAGUUUGCAAUCGAUGUGAUAGUAUAGUGAGGAGUUCGUAUCCUACAUUCCAGCCUUUAUAUAUAAAUAUAUAAAUCUCAUCUCCAGGUUAUAGAUUUUACCCGCUUUUAGCAUACGUCCUAAUUUUAACAGGUAGUACAAAGAUUUUUCUUUUUUUCGAGACUGAAUUUUAGUGAAAAUCCACGGAGGACUUAAGGAGUUCCUUGGGGAGUUUAUUCAAUCUGGCAACCUCAAACUGGGCGCAGUGAUUUGCAGCGCAUGUUGUACUUUGGGAAUACGGUGAGUUUCAGUUGACAGUAAACUGUUGAAGACACGACCGAAGGAAGAGAGAAAAUAUAAGAGAAAACCAUGCUGAGAAGAAAGAAAGGGACGGGGUUGCAGAACGAACAGCCCAAAGCCUGCGAGCCGAGGAGCUCUGACCCCCUGAGAAGACUAGGCCUGUUGGACGAUGAGAAUGUGCGUAUGAUGCUGCAAGGCACCAGGAUGGUUAAAGUACGUUCACCACGCUGGCAGAAACACCGGGGCUUUAGGCUGCUGGAGGACUGUGUCACCGUGUGGUGUGAGUCCAGCAAAACCUCACACAAAGCCAAGAGACGUCAGACCUUCUGUGUAACGGAGGUGGAGUGCGUGCGGGAGGGCUGCCAGUCCGAGUGCCUGCGCCGGCUCGCCGAUUCGGUUCCCGAUUCUCAGUGUUUCACACUGGUGUUUCGUGGCGCGAGAAAGAGUCUGGACCUGUGCUGCUCAUCACGCGAGGAGGCACAAUGGUGGGUUCGGGGUAUCCGAACUCUCAAAGACCGUGUCUCCAACAUGAGCCAGAAGGAGAAGCUUGAUCAUUGGAUCCGAAGCUAUCUGAGACGAGCGGAUCUGAACCAGGAUGGAAAGAUGAGUUAUGACGAGGUCCAGCACUUGCUCCAGAUGCUCAACAUAGACCUGAAUGAGCAAUAUGCUCGCACACUCUUUAAGAAGUGUGACCGCUCCCAUGAUAACCGCUUGGACCCUGUGGAGAUUGAGGAGUUUUGUCGGGAGCUCAUGCGAAGGCCUGAGCUGGACGCUGUGUUUCGCCAUUACUCCAGUAACGGCUGUGUGCUCUCCACACUGGAGCUGAGGGACUUCUUGGGGGAUCAGGGUGAAGGAGCCACGCUGGGCCAUGCACAGAAACUCAUCCAAACAUACGAGUUCAAUGACUGGGCCCAGAAGAACCAGUUCAUGACUCAGAACGGCUUCACCAUGUACAUGCUGUCAAAUGAAAACGACCUGUUUAACCCCGAUCACACGCGUGUGUAUCAGGACAUGAGAGGGCCACUGUCCCAUUAUUACAUCUCAUCUUCUCACAACACCUACCUCACGAAAGACCAGGUGACCGGAGAGAGCAGCACCGAGCCUUACAUCAGGGCUUUGAAUCAGGGCUGCCGUUGUGUGGAAUUGGACUGCUGGGAUGGUGAUAAAGGGGAGCCUGUGAUCUACCAUGGACACACACUGACCUCUAAAGUAUCUUUUAAGGAGGUCAUUGAAACGAUUGCUCAGUAUUCCUUUAAGGUUUCUCAAUAUCCACUGAUCUUGUCUCUGGAGAAUCAUUGCUCUGUGGACCAGCAGGCCGUCAUGGCUCAGCACCUGCGCUCUAUCCUCGGAUCAGCUCUACUCACCAAACCACUCAGCGACAAGCCGCUCAAUCAUCUGCCAUCACCAGAGGAACUAAAAGGCCGGAUCCUGGUAAAGUCAAAGAAGAUGACUAGCCAGAUGGAAAAGAUCAACAGUUUCGCCAGUUUCUCAUCCAGCUCAGAUGAGGAGAUCGGGGGCAGCAACAAGACCCCCAGCAAGAAAGACCCUGGGAAGCCUGUAAUCACUUCGAAAAUAAGUCCCGAGCUGUCUGAUUUGGUGGUGUAUUGCUGUAGUAUUCCAUUUCCUGGAUUCGAUGCAGCCAAUCAGAAACCCCCGAGUGAGAUGUCCUCUUUCUCUGAGAAUGAAGCACUCAAGCUCAUUAAAGACUCCGGAAAGCUUUUUGUGAGACACAACAGUAGACAGCUGACUCGGAUCUAUCCAUCGGGCCAGAGGCUGCAGUCCUCUAACUACGACCCACAGGACAUGUGGAAUGCAGGAUGUCAUAUGGUGGCCCUGAACUUCCAGACACCAGGGGAGCAAAUGGAUCUGAACAGAGGUCGAUUUCUGCCCAACGGGCGAUGUGGCUACGUGCUGAAACCGGACUUCCUGUGCCAGCCAAACUCCAACUUCAACCCAGAGAACACAGGAGGAGGCCCUGGACACAUUCCCACUCAACUUACUAUACGGGUGAUUUCUGCCCAGCAGUUACCCAAGAUUAACACAGACAAGCCCAACUCCAUCGUGGACCCUCAAGUUUGGGUGGAGAUCCAUGGAGUGUCUAUUGAUAAGGCCCGUUCCAAAACUCAUCGCAUCAACAAUAAUGGUUUUAAUCCACGCUGGGAUUGCACGCUGAGCUUCCAGCUGCAGGUUCCUGACCUAGCACUGGUGAGGUUUGUGGUGGAGGAUCAUGACCACACGAGCAAGAAUGACUUUGUUGGCCAGUUCACCUUACCCUUUACUAGUCUACGCACAGGUUACCGUCAUGUUCAUUUGCUAAAAGCAGAUGGCUCUAACCUCUCUCCAGCGACUCUCUUCAUCCACGUGAAGAUUACACGCAGAGGAAAGCCCAUCAAAACUGUGUCUGAGCGCACGGGGAACGUCUGACACCCUCCAGACCCUGAUCCGUAGUGAUCCUAGAUUCUAAAGACGUCCUGCCGAAGUGGAUUGAGAGGAGCAGGAGCAGUCUGGCUCCCAAACUCCCUUCUGAAAAACCACGCUGAUGGCACGCAUGCGCCAUAUAACGUCCAGACACACAAUCCCACAGAGUCUGUGUUUUUUGAGAGUGUUGCUCAGCGUAAACGUGGUGUCUCCAUAGCCAAGGCUUCCAGACAAGCUGUAGACUAGAGCAGGCUGUAAUAAACAUACUGAGAUAGAGGCAGUGCUUCCAAUGUUUAAUGAAGUGGGUUUUUUGUAAUUUAACAUCUAUUUUUUUUACAUUCAUUCGGUGCCUAAUGUACUUCAUGUACUUGCCAUUCUAUAGUAAUCUGUAGGGUUUUAAACACAUGGAUUAUAGGAUUCUUAGGUCAAAUGCUGCCAGGCUAAAGACUGAGCUAGCAUGUGGAAAGAAAAUGUUCUGGGAAUGUCUUAAAAAGGCAGUUAAUUAAGAAAAGAUGAUGGUAAGAAUGAGCAGAAUUGCCACAGUAGUUUUAUUAUAUGAAGUUUAACAGUUUGCAAUUUAUAACCCACAGCAGAAUUUAAUCUAGUGAAGCAAGAUAGAUAACAAAAUGUAUGAGGAGUUUGAGGAUGUAACUCAAAUCAAGACCAUGAGAGUAUAAGGACUCGUUUAUUGUUGCAGAAUUUUGAAGUGCUCUAAAUUAUUCAUUAGAUGGCAGGUUUUACGUUAAAAUAUCGCUUAGAGAUUAAUCAUGUAUAAACGACAUCUCUGCUUAGCCUUACCGAGGAUUAAAGCUUCGUCUAUGUGUCUUAAAACAACAGAACUGUGAAUUUUGCCACUAACGUGGUGUCGAAAUGUAGAUUAUACUGUUUGUACAGAUUAUACUGUACCGACAUGUGAACUGCAAUCGCAUGUACUUAAGUCAAAACCAGCCUUAUAACAUACUGUAUGUCCUGUAUAGUGGUGGACAGUAACAAAGUAAAUGUAAUUUGUUACCAUAUUUAAGUAUCUUUUUCACGUAUCUGUUCUUUACUGAAGUAUUUCUAUUUGGUGAGAACUUCACUACAUUUCAAAGUCAAA